AUGUCUCUUCAUACCUCAUAUCACGCCGACUCCGACGCCGACGACGAGUAUGAGCGCAGUGUGAUCACCUCACCUCAUCUGGCCACCGACUCCGAGGCCUCACCUACAGACUCCGAAUUCCCCUCCGCCGAGCAUACGCCCACCACCCUGGCCCACGCCGACGAGAACCCCCAUUCCCCCAGGACCAGAAUCACCGAAUGGACCGCCGAGGAGUGUGCCAACUUCCUGGCGUCGCUGGGGCUGCGUCAGUACUGUUCGGCCUUUCUAGAAAACGAAAUCGUCGGCGAAGCGCUCAUCGCUCUGAAACACGAUGAGCUGAAGGAAAUGGGCAUCGCCAGCGUGGGCCACCGACUGACCAUUUUGAAGAGCGUGUAUGAGACCAAAGUGAAGCAGGACAUCCCGCUCGAUGCGGACCACUACAUCCCACUGUCCGCCGACCAGAGUAUGAAUGAAAAUGCCACCCAGGAAGACAUCGCUCGGCUGAUCCAGUCGAUUCAACUCCGGGACGAACGGAUCUCCAGCGUGGAGUCGGAGCUGCGGCGCGUUGCGGAGGAUUAUCGCCGACUGCGAGAAGAACUGCUGCCUGUGUUCAAAAUGGCCAAGGAUCGAUCGCAGCCGCUACCGCCGCCUUCGUCGGGUCCCGGGAUGGAUGCACAUCACGACAGCCAGCAGACCCUCGUCUCGCCCUCCACCGGCAUCACCCUCCUGGAACGCUCGGCCUCGGGCAUUUCACGCACCUUUUCGAAACGACUCCACGGCGGCACGACUCCCAAGAACAAUUCUCCCACACAUAUUCCCCCGUCGAUCCACGAGAAUCGACCGUACAACGAGGGCGCGCUCGAUCCUAUGAGCACGAUGAACGGAAAGUCCCAACUGUCGCCGGGGAUGCCCUCCCCGACAUCUCCGGGUGCGCACUACGGUGCGCAGACCUUGGCCUCACGAUCGUAUAUUCAGCCAAACUCUCACGCCAGUCGAGUCCACGACCACCAUGACGACAACCUCACGCCGCUGUCCCGCUCCGAUCGCCUCAACCCCACCCCAACACAAACUAUGCGACCAGAGCUUCCCACGCGAUCCGACUCCCGAGCGGGCGGCGGUGGGGACCCUCCCAGCGUCGAGAUCUUCAAGUCCUUCCGAGUGUCCAUGGAAGAUCCCUGUCACAAGGUCCUCCCCGCGGCGCUGAAGAAGUACAACAUCAACGCCGACUGGAAGCAAUAUGCGCUCUACAUCGUGUACGGCGACCAAGAGCGGUGUCUGGGCCUGGAGGAGCGGCCUCUUAUCCUCUUCAAACAGCUGGAAAAGGAAGGCCGCAAGCCCAUGUUUAUGCUCCGGAAGCAGCUGCAUCCCAUCGACAGCGCCUACGCCAGCGGGGGUUCGGCCCCCAACAGUGCCGGCUUCGAUGGACGACAAGCCCAGAUCAACCUCCCGGGAGGGGUCCUGUGA